AUGGCGUCCAAGACAGGUCGAUGGGGAGUUGCUCUCUCCAAACUACGAAAGACGCAACUGCCACCUGCACCCCAGCCUACACGUGAGAAAGAGACUCCCGAUGAGCUUUUCCAGGACAAGCUUGUCUAUCCUCGUUUCCAGCGCCCUGUCUCGGACGAUUCCCCCGUUUAUUCUGAACUCAUGUUCCCACCCACUCCUCUCCCAACCGUUCCCAUGGCGUCCGAUUCCAAUCUAAAUCCUCUAGCAAUGGCUUCUACCAUCUCCCAGGCUCGCUUGAAUGCUCUGCACUCAGGAAAAGACUUGGAGUUGUUUUUCCAACGGGGUAAGGACUGUAUAGAUGCUUAUGCCCAGGCCACCAAAGCCAUGAUGGAAGAUGCAUGUGCCCGUGUCAAAGAUGGAGAGGAUCCUCCAUAUGAAGAAAUUGAACAGUUGAAGUGGCGCUUCUUCAGAUACUGCCAGACAAUUGUCGAGGAAGCAUUGUCUCUGAUCGCAGGCGGUGCCACCAACCACCCCCGGCAGGCCAGCAACUCGACCAUGCCUUCGAUGGUCUCCUCGGCUUCAACCAAGACUGGAUCUGAGCCAAAAACUCCCUUGGAAAUUAGCUCGUUUGAUGACAGACUGGAAUUUUCUGGGGCUUUGCUCGAUUCUAGCGGCCAGGGCCGCCUUCGUCUCUACACCGUGAGCAGCGACGAAUGGGUCAUGGUCCCAUCAAUGCCCUCGCCCACAUCUCCAGCUAAUGUUGUAGCUCCUGAGCUCAUGGAUCCUGUUGAGGAAUCGAUUCAUUUCGGUGUCAUCGUGCGUAUUUUCGGCAAGCUGUACACAAUCUCGAAGAUGAUGGAGACAAUUACCCAGUAUUACGGUGCGGAGCCCGACAACUCCAAGACCGGUCUGCCAUGCUGGAUCAAACGCAGCGAGCAAAACGUGCGCACCCAGAAGAUGGCUGUGCUGAUUGAUACUGUCGAGAACCUCUAUUAUGCCCUCUAUGCCCGCAUUACGAUUGAGCUGGCCAGCAUUGAGCUCUGCGGUUCCUUCCGAAUCGACACUAGUGCACUGCGAGUCGAGCUUCCAUACCUUAUGCCAGAGGCUGAUCAUCUCUACCGCAUCGUUCUAGCGUUCAAGAAUGUGCUGAACUCUCCCGAAAUUUGCGCUAUUCGUCGGAUGGACGUCAUCGCCCACUUCCAACAGGGGUAUAUCAAUCAGCUUGCGAAGAAAAAGCAAAGUAAGGACGAGUUGCUCUCCUUUGACCCCCUCGCAUAUCGCCCUUUCGCGUUGAGAACUGUCUCUUACCGGCACGGAUCCUACUGUGAGAAAUGGAAAGAGUUCAUUCCAUUCUUCGACUCCAUCCCAGCAGAGACUAUGGCAACACUGUCGGAGAAGUAUCUCACCAUGACUCCAGUCAUUAUGCCACCUGACAACAUUCCAUUCGUGGAGCUUCCAUGGAUCCACUCAGGGCAGGUGGGAAAGGCUGCCUUGGAGAAGGAGGUUCAGAACGAUUACCUUUUGCUCCACGCCGCCCAAACGCAGGACACAACCAUCGGAGAAGAACGCAAGAAGGGGAUUAACCCUGAUCUCUACCACUUUGCCAGGAAACGAAAGUGCAUUUGCAAGUCGAUCUGUGGAUGUUCCUGGGAGUGUACCCAAGAGGUGCAGCGCCCUUGUCCUUGUGCGGAACGCCAUGUACGCAUCAUGUUGACCAAGCGUCUUCUUGCGCACAGAUGGGAUGGACCUGCUUUCGCCAUAACUGCUUCUACCACUGCUCGCAUGUUCUUCGAUGGUUUAGCUCAACUCAGACGUGAUGUUGACGCUACGGAUAUUGCCAAUGAAUUGGACCGUGCUUUUGAGUUGUUUUCUCUGUUGAUUUCCAAGGAACGCGGGAUAACCUACAGGGAAGACUUCCCAGCAAGCUUCUAA